AUGGCCGACCAGAAGAUCUUCGCCGGACCGCGCAUCCGGCGCAUCCGCACCCAGCGCGAACUGACCCAGACGGCAAUGGCCGCAGACCUUGGCAUCUCGCCGAGCUAUCUGAACCUGAUCGAACGCAACCAGCGCCCGCUCACCGUCCAGCUCCUGUUGAAGCUCGCCUCGGUCUACAAGGUCGAUGUCAACGAAUUGCAGGGCGGCGGCGAACAGGUGCUGCCGCAACUGAAAGAAAUGUUCGCCGAUCCGCUGCUCGCCGGCGAACUGCCCGGCGACCAGGAACUGAUCGAGAUUUCGGAAGGCGCGCCCAACGUGUCCGCGGCGCUCGUCAAGCUCUACCGCGCCUAUCGCGAAAGCCAGGAGCGGCUGAGCGAUCUGUCCGACAUGCUCGCCCGGGAGGGCCGCGAGACGCGCAUCGCCUCGGCGCGCCUGCCUGCCGACGAGGUGCGCGACACGCUCGAAAAGCGGCCCAACCAUUUCGCGCGGCUGGAGGAGGAGGCCGAAAGCUUCACGAAACUUCUUUCGCCGGGCGAUGAUCUGAUGGGCGCGCUGACGGGCUGGCUGCGCGCCGACCACGGCAUCUCGGUCAAGGUGCUGCCGGUCGAGGCGAUGCCCGACUGGAAGCGCCGCUAUGACCGCCAUUCCAACCGGCUGUUCAUCUCCGAGCGCCUUUCGCCGUUCGACCAGAAGCGCGAAGUGGCGAUGGAGGCGGCGCUGAUCCGCAUGCAGGUGGCGAUCACCGCCGAGAUCGAGGAUCUCAAACUGUCAUCGAACGAAGCGCGGCGCAUCGCCCGUUUCGAGAUGGCGCGCUAUGCCGCCCACGCGCUGAUGAUGCCCUAUGAGCGGUUCCUGCAGGUCGCGGUGCGCGAGAAAUACGAUCUCGACGUGCUCAAAUCGCGCUUUGGCGUGUCGUUCGAGCAGGCGGCCAACCGGCUGACCAUGCUGCAGCGGCGCGGCGCGGCGGGCGUGCCCUUCUUCAUGGCCGAGAUCGACCAGGCCGGAAACCGCUUCCGCCGCGCCGGCGCGCGCGGCUAUCCGCAGGCGCGGUUCGGCGGCUCGUGUCCCAAACUGCCUGUGCACGAGGCGUUCAACACGCCCGGCCACAUAUUGGUGGAAGCCGUGCAGAUGCCCGACGGCGUCGAGUUCCUGAUCAUCGCCCGCACGCUCGAAGGGCCGCAGGGCGCCUUUCACGAACGGCCGCGCCGCACGGCGAUCCUUCUGGGCUGCGAGAUCGCCCACCGCAACGACAUCGUCUAUGGCGCGGUGCUGCGCGGCGUGCCCGAUGCGCCGGGCCGGGUGCAGACGCUGCCUGUCGGCCCGGCCUGCCGGGUCUGCGAGCGCGCCGGGUGUCUCGCCCGGGCCGAACCCCCCAUCACAAGGCCGCUCGGGCUCGACGACAUGACGACCGGCUUCAGCGUGUUCGACUUCGUCUGA